AAGUGGUACUGGCCGAGCUUCGAAAUGGGUUACCCAGAGCUGGGCCUGCCAAGACUUCAUAGGCAAGGUGCCCUUAGGGCUUGCGUUGGACUUAUGACUCGGGGCUUGCUUCUCGCCGAUUCUCACCUCGCAUAAUGGCCGAGUCCCUUCCCUUUCUCGCACGAUUAAAGGAGCAUUUUCACUUCUAGCGAGACUUCUGAAGGGGACUUACCUCUCGAAAGCUUCGGUGUGACUGCCAGAGGCGUCUGCAAAACAUAAAGUAUUGGCUGACAAGAUACCCUGCAGUAAGAAGGAUAUAAUGGCUGAUAUUCAAAGGAAUCCCAAACAGCAAUUGAUUUCUGAGCUUCACAACUUUGCUGCUGUCGGAGACAAGAUCCAGCUCACAGCACUGCUCAAACAUUUCCCAUCACUUAUCAAUGAAACUGCUAAGAAUGGCUGGACAGCCUUGAUGUAUGCUGCUAGAAAUGGGCACUUUGAGACUGUGCAAGUUCUUCUUGAAAAGGGGUGUGACAGGGCUGUGACCAAUAAAUCAAACCAAAGUGCACUGGACAUUGCUAAAUUCUGGGGCUAUAAGAACAUCGCUAACUUACUUACUAAUUUGAUGGAAGGGCAGGAGCCAGUGAACCAGUUAACCAGUGAAGCUAGAGAACAUGAAAACUAUUUUUGCAGGACAUUUCUGGAUAGAAAGAGUGAGAAGAGGAUAGAAUCUAAAUGGCUGAACCUAAAACAGAAACAGCCAACUUCUGUGUACAUUCUUUUUUCAAACUUAAGACCACUGGCUGUAUCAAAUGAAGGUGACAAUAGUUCCAAUUACCCAAGAGUUAGACUUCUAAAGCUUUGCUAUGAGGAUGUGAAGGAAUACCUGGAACAGACUGAAACCACUACUGUGAUCUUUCUUGGAGUAGAACUUGGAAUAGAAUCUCAGGUGAAAGGCAGCAUCCUUCCAACUCUGAAUGGGAACGAUCCAGAUGAAGACGAGGAUGAACUAGUUGCUUGGUUUGUUCUCAGUAUAGAUUCUAGUGCUGCUGAGGAAUUCAUACAGAAGCAUCAAGACUGCUAUUUUGUUCAUCCACCAAUGCCAGCACUUCUGCAGUUCUCUGAAAAUGAAGCUGGAAUUGUAGCCCAGGCAAGAUCUGUUCUAGCUUGGCAUAGCCGAUAUCAGUUCUGCCCGACGUGUGGUAGUGCAACUAAAUUAGAAGAUGGAGGAUACAAGAAAGUGUGCCUAAAAGAAGACUGCUCUAGCCACGUAGGAGUUCACAACACAUGCUAUCCAAGAGUUGAUCCUGUAGUGAUAAUGCCAGUGAUUCAUCCAGAUGGUAACCACUGUCUUCUGGGAAGGAAAAAACGGUUUCAUCCAGGCAUGUAUACUUGCCUUGCUGGAUUUGUAGAGCCUGGGGAGACAAUUGAAAAUGCUGUUCGAAGAGAGGUAGAAGAGGAGAGUGGAGUUAAAGUGGGUCAGGUUCGCUAUGUCUCUUGUCAGCCAUGGCCAAUGCCCUCCUCUCUGAUGAUUGGGUGCAUAGCAUUUGCAGUGUCUACAGAAAUUAAAGUUGAUAACAUUGAAAUAGAAGAUGCCCAAUGGUUCAGUAGAGAACAGGUUAUGGAAUUUCUCAAUAAAAAGAACCAGAGUGCUUUUUUUGUUCCUCCACAUCAAGCCAUUGCCCAUCAGCUGAUAAAGCACUGGGUUGGAAUGAAUGCUAGCCUUUAAAUCCAAGAAGAUGAGUUGCCAAUUUUAUAUCACAGCUUUCAAUAGUUGUCAGUAUGUGGGAUUUAAGAUGGGUAUAUUAUCUAGCAUUUGUAUUUUGGAUGUUUAAUUUGCUAGCCAUCUAAAAUAUGUUUUCACACAUUGUUCUCUUAUGAAAAAGUCUUAACGUUGCCUAGAUUUUUUUAAAAAAAAAUUCAUUUCAUUUGUUUAAUUCUUCUAUUGUUGCAUAUUUUCCUUACCAGUGUCUGAUUGAACUUUCUGAAGCUGUUGCUUUGUUGCAGAAAUUGAGUCAAGGGGCUGAGUCAGAAUGUUCCGUGCCAGUGCCAUUUCUCAGAACCAGAACAAAAGAAAAUGUGCUUUCUCUAGGCUGAACGAGGUUAAGAAGAGCUUGUUCUUCUAUGUAUUGAAGCAGAGCUAUAAAAUUGAUACAUGGAGGCCUGUAUUUCAGGCUGUUUUUUUGAAAGCGAAUGAGAAUAAAGAGAGCUUUAGAAGGACAGUAUGAAAUCAGCAAGGUAUCCUCUUUGUGAUAGAUGUUAGAAUUCUUAUACCUUAAUAUCUCUCAACUGUAAGUUGUCAGAAAAGCCACUCUGAAGUGGUUUCUCCCAGGACUGUAUUUGAGGAUUGCUCUGUACCCAAACCACCUUUCCUUCCUCUCUGUUAUUUCUGAUGGUGUAGACUUGAGCUGUAGAUAACAAAGCCAAGCAAUAAAUGAAUAGGAAUCAGCAAAUUUGACCUCAGUCCCAUCCCAUGCUUGCAGAGGCGUCUAGAAAUGUAAGCUUGACAGAGGGUUGAAGAACUGGCAGGCAGGCAUUGACCUGUUUCAGCACAAUCUUCCUAGUAUUUUGCAUGUGCAGCUUUAUAAUGUGGGAAACAGAACAUGUUGUAUUAUUUACAUCACUGCAUAAUUUUGAAAACAGGACCCUAUCAAAGUCUUGCUAAAUCUUACAUUGCUAGUAAGAAUUGAGACCACAUUUAUGACAUUGUCUUAUUACCUUGUAUGAAUCCUUUGCAUUUCAUUUACUAGUUUUUAACUUGUAUUGCUAAAUCACAGACUUUAAUAAAGUUGUAUCCUAUGGAGAUGCUGCAAAA